CCUUUCUUCACCUUAUUAUAUCUCAGCUGUGUUUGUUUGUUCAUCUGUACCACCACCACCACCACCACAACCACAACCACAACCAACAACUCCAAAAAAGGAAACCAACUCCAGUGGCAACACCAAACACACCAAACACCAAAACACACCAAACCCACAAUGUGCAUCCUCAUCCUCCGCUCCUGGCCCACCUGCGGCCACUCCAACAUCACUUCCACAGACCAAUGCAUGACCGCCAUGACCACACCCGGCAUGACACCCCAUCAAUGCCACUACGCCACAAUCCAUCGAUUCACAUUUUCCAUUUCCGGUCCGAAUCACAAUACUACUACUGCUACUACUGCUACUACUGCUACUACUGCUGCUGCUGCUGAGGAUGCAGAAGAUUGGCCCUGUCCAGUCUGUAUAGAAGAGAAUCGGAGAUUGAGUUUGGACUUGUUGAGAUUUGAACAUGAACAUGAAGGUGAUAGUCAUGGUCAUGGGAAGCGGGUGGGGAGGAGGGAGAGGAUGGGGAGUAAAAGUAGUAGUGGGAGGAGUAGUGAGGGAAGUCUUGGGAGGGGGUAAAAAAAUUUAAAUGGUGGGAAUUCGUGCGUGAGGGAUGAAUUGGGAAGAAGAAAAUGAAUGAGCGUUACUGAGAUGGUAGCAGCAGCAGCAGCAGCAACGGGAAAUUUCCUGCUGCUCUGUUAGCAAAAGCCGCUGCCCAACAGGGCAAUCCGGACUCUCAAGUUCGAACGUACCGGUCUAAAGAGACAUCCAAGAGACACCUUGACGAGAACGAGAUGAAGCACGCCACAGGGCUUUCUUACUCUGGACAGCUACUUCAAAUUUGAUACCUAUCAUUAGAUGAACAGACCAUCCGGAGCGUCCAAGGGGAGUAGCGUCGAGAAGGUCCCUCUACUCUAAAAGACCGCAGCAUGAAAGACCAUUGAGCUUUCUUCCCCAAAGAAAGGAGGUCAACCAUACAGGCGAUUUGAGCAUUGCGGACUUUUUUUAUGUAGCUUUCAUCCCCAUUUUCUGAAGACGGACUCGCGUAUUAGCGACUUGGAGUAUGGAGGAUAUAUGAACGGUAAAAUUGACCUCGGGCAGAUCAGGUCGUAAGUACCGAACAUAAGCCUGUUUGUCGCUUUUUUUUUAAACAGGGAGCAAGCGAGCGGGUAGAUCGAAUGGAAAUGAAAGAUAACAUAGAAGAAAUCAAUCAAACAGUAUCGAAUAUCAGAGCUACUGUUAUGAAAACCCAAGAAAGG